ACACACACACACACACACACAGCAGAGUCUCCUCGCUGUCUUUAGAGAACUCGGACGUGCUGAACAACAGCCAGCGGAUUUUCUUUUUUUCCCCUCUAUAUACCUACACAUAUCUAGACUUUCACACCUGAAGUGCUUGACACAGUUGAGCUUUAGCGCCCGAUUGAGGAUAUUUCCGACACGUUUGCCCUCAUCGUUGACAGAAUGUCCAGUGAGGUCCAGCCGAGGCCAGGUGACAGUCCCAAUACGAGCGGAGGCAGCUCCGAUGCCGAACAGAGAGACGUAGCGCCGUCGGUGCAGCCUGAGGAGAGGGAGAGAGAGAGGGAACAGGCUCCGCCGAAGAAAAAGGAGGCCAAGUUCUCCAGCAAGACACCUGCUAAACUCUCUACCAGUGCCAAGAGGAUUCAGAAGGAGCUAGCGGAGAUCACUCUGGAUCCUCCUCCAAACUGCAGUGCCGGCCCAAAAGGAGACAACAUCUACGAGUGGAGGUCCACCAUCCUGGGACCUCCAGGCUCCGUGUAUGAAGGAGGAGUCUUCUUCCUCGACAUCGCCUUCACUCCAGACUACCCCUUCAAGCCGCCCAAGGUGACAUUUCGUACCAGAAUCUACCACUGCAACAUUAACAGUCAGGGAGUGAUCUGCCUGGACAUUCUGAAGGACAACUGGAGCCCAGCGCUAACCAUCUCCAAGGUCCUGCUGUCCAUCUGCUCUCUCCUCACAGACUGCAACCCCGCCGACCCUCUGGUGGGAAGCAUCGCCACACAGUACCUGACCAACAGAGCAGAGCACGACAGGAUAGCCAAACAGUGGACCAAGCGCUACGCCACAUAGACCUUCCCAACGCCGCUUGAAAGCUCCAUACCCCAUUCCCCCAUCCCACCCUUCUCCCACGACGAACUGUCCUUCGUUUCUUGUUGACUUGAACGCUUUUUUUAUACAGUGUAUGCAUACUAAGAGCAAGCUGAUCAGGAUUGUACUUUUUUCCCAAUACACUGAAUGUUGGCAUGGUCAUCAAGAGCUUUAUUAUUUGUAAUGUUAUAUUGCUAUCAUGACCGUUCUGCUAUUGUUUUGCAUUAUUGAGAAGCGUGCCGCCCGAGUGAGCGGACUGCUGCGCUCCCUAUCCAGCGGUUUUCUUUCGGGGCUCGGCGAGUACGUCCAUCAUCACCGAGCGCGUGGAAGAUGCUCCAGACGAAGCGAUCACUGAAUCUUUCUUUGUUUUUUGUUUUUGUUUUUUUGUUUUUUUCUCAUGAAGCGGACAUUCUUUCCCCUCCCCCCAUAAACGAUUGUUUUAACUCAGCUCCCCUAUCUGUUAAGUUGUAUAUGUGGAACACUAUGGCACUGGCCUGUUUAUCUCGAAAUGCGUCGUAAAAGUUGAGUAGCCUGCAGCUCGCCCCCGUGCAGCCGACGGCAGUUUGUUGUAAAAUGCACAUUGUGAGAGAAAAUUCGACUGAUACUCUGUAAGUAACCGAGUGAAUAAAUGAUGUGUUGAGCUGAAAUUGUGGUUUGGUCGGUCGUGUUUGUGGGGUUGUAUCUGACUCUCUCCUUCCGUGACUCUUCCUCUUCAUCACAUGCAUGCUAUUCUGUCAUUUCCGUUUUUAUUGAGAGCUCAGAAUUGAUGUUAUAUCGAAGCGAGUUUCAAUCUAGUGGCAGUGUUUUAGAUUUCUGUAAUACAUUUGAAUAAUACCCUCGUGCUCCGGCAUCGACCUUGGCACGUUUUCAUAAGUAUGUCAUAAUCACAGAGCAAAUGGACCUCAUGCGAAGGCUUCAAUCGCCAUGUUGUGUAAGCGGAGGAACUCCGCAGACAAACACGUUACGUGACCCAUGACCCAAGCAUCCAUAUGUUUACCAUUGUCACCCUUUAAUUUAAUUUAAUGUCCUUUCACGUACCACCUUAUUGCUUUUUGUUUCCUUACAUUUGAAUCAGAAUGAGCAGUUUCUCCUCCUGUCCUAUCAUUUGUCUAUCAUUUGCUUAUUUACUUCCAACAAGCUGACUGUCUUCCUGUAGACAUGGAAAUUGUCCAGAGAUUUUAAUAGCCCAUCCUGCAGUACUGGAGCUCUGGUACAUGGACACGAAUGUGAAAUUGCACACCCUUAAAGGUGGUGUUGUAAUCGUGCAACCCUCAGAGACGAUGAGAGUGCCGAAGCAUUAAGAUGCACAGCCAUCUCGAUUUUGGUAAAAGAUUUUAUGGCUCGGAAAAUGAAAAUAUGAACAAAACCCACAUGGGGUAGGCGUUUGAGAGGAACAUUUGCCACUGAUCAUCUGGAAAGUGUUUCAAAUCCCAACAAUGCUAUGGACAUCCAUCCGAGAGAGGAAAAUUAGCCAUGUUAAACUAACCCUUCACCCUCCCGGUUGGCGUCUGUCAUAUGAUAUAGGCAAGACCUGACUAGUAGCUGUGAAUUGACCAAGACUAAAUUUAUGAGAACAUUUGAAAAUAAAAAACACUUUGUUUUGACAUAUUUAGUGUACAGAAAGCUCAUGUGGCUCAUAAAGAUGUAUUAUUGGAUAAUAAUAAUAGAUAUGUUCUCUUGGGGAUGUUUAUGGGGCUUUUAUGGAUGGCCUGGGGGCAAAAAGAGACAUUUUCCAUACAAAAACCCUGCCAUCAUUUGAGUCGCUAAUAUUCACUGGGUCGAAAACUAAAUGUUUCUUCAUCUUCACACACACUUUCCCAUCUAGAACUUCUUUCACACUGUUUGGUUUCAAUACAAACAAGGCAGAAUUAGAAGUCAUGGCACCCUUAAGGAAGACAUGUACUAUUCAUUUAAACCCAGUUUGUAAUCUUCCUGCAAAAGACUUAGGAAUCUAGGACACUCAGGUUUGUGCUUGUUGACGUCUGUCUCCACUUCUGACCCCAGGGUUUGAGAUGGAUUCAGAUCCAUCAGAUAAGAGGAUGGUACAGUAUUUCUGGUGUUGAUUUGACUAUGUGUUUGGGGUCAUUAUCUUGGUGAGAGAUCAGUGUGUGGCUAACUUUCUGACUGAGUUGACCGCCUGGAUUUGAACUGCUGAAUCUUUAACCACAGAACAGCCCCAAAGCCUUAAUAAUUCAUCACCAUAUUUUAGUGUGGUGGAUUUUCCCUGAUUUUUUAUUUUUUUUUACUAAACGUGAUCAUAGAGAGCCAAAACGUUUGAUUUUGGUAUCAAGAACACGAUCCUGUAUAUUUCCAUUGAUGCUCUUUAAACAUCUUUUUAAAGAGAUGGCAUCUUUGGGUAACUUGUCAAGCCUUCCAGACAUUUCAUAGCUUUUAUCAUGGUGCUAUUUGAACAAAAUAGGAUUAAAUACUUUCACAUUUUUUAUAUUUAUUACCUGACUUGGGCAAGUCAUCAAUCAGCUAUCUCUUCUGAGCUGUAUUUCGGUUGUUAACCAUGGUGAUGGAUGGAACAUGGAUUUUGCGUAUCAGCAAUGUCAUUAAAGGAAACAACAGAUUUGCUGGUUGUGUUUAUUUAAAAUAUUUGUACAUAAUUUUGCAAGUCAUUCUAGGAGGAUCUUUUGGUCUUUUUGUUAGAAUAAAGGGUAAAUAAGUUUAAGGUAACUGUUGCAGUGGAAAGGUUGAAUCACUUUUGAGUAAUGUUUAUUCCAUUUAACCAUUUCUCUUAUAAAUGUUUGAUUACACUGUUGAGUAAUUACAGGUUUUCUGCUGUCCUCCCACUACCUAAAAUGGCAGUAGGUGGACUGGUUACUCUAAAUUGUCCCUAAAUGUGUAAAUAUAUCAGAAUUGUGCCCUGCAAUUAGUCCCUAACUUCCAUAUAGUGUUCCCAGGAUAGACUUGUUACCAUGACCAGGAUAAAGAUUUUACUGAAAAUCUAUGGGCUUAGUGGUUAGCACUGUUGCCUUACAGACCAGGAUUUGAACCCGGGACCUUUCUGUGUGGAGUUUGCAUGUUCUCCCCAUGCCUGCGUGGGUUUACUCCGGAUUCCUCCCACAGUCUAAAAACAUGUCCGUUAGGUUGAUUGGUAAUUCUAAAUUGGCCGUGAGUGUGUGUGGUUGUCUGUCUAUAUGUGUGGCCCUGUGAUGGACUGGUGACCUGUCCAGGGUGUACCCCUGCCUUUUGCCCAAUGUGUGCUGGGAUAGGCUCCAGCAGAUCCCCGUGACCCUGAUUAGGAAUAAAGCAGGUAUAGAAAAUGGAUGGAUGAAAAUCUAUACUAAAUAACUGAUUUAAUGAACAUCACAUGAGAACCCUUAUGAUGAUGCCACAACCAUCUGUGGCUAGGUGUCCAAGAAAGCAAAACGGCCAUAGGCAGGAAUAGUGGCAUAUCUUCCAUUAACAUCAACACUAGCCAAAUGUGUGUGUCUGUGAACUCACAUAUGCGGAAGAGGGCUGACAGCACUUUCAGUGUUACGCUGGUGUCAGUUCACUGACUUCCUGCCUUUUGAGAAGCACAUAACUUCAAAUUAGGGAGAAAUGUUGUCGUGAGUAGCGCUGGAGGCAAAACCUAAAAGAUCUAAUUCAUAAUUGUUUCUAUAAUAACAAUUCAAAGAGAUGUUUGGUCAAAGUGCUGCAUCGAUGUAGAACAAAAACAUGAGAAAUAGUUAAUAUCGUGAUACGAUGUUUAUUUCGCAUUGAUUGGAAGCCUCCAGAUGCUGGGCAGCUUACAGGAUCUAGGGGUUUGGAGUUUCUCUGCAUUGAAACUGUCGACAGAGGUUAAAGAACAAGUAGCUGUCAUAAGCUAUGAAAGGAGUGAACUUGUUUAAGACAACAUUUCACAACAUUAAAAGGUAAUUAAAAAAGUACAACAGUGUUUCGCUAGGAUUGGUAAAUUCAAAGUGGAGGGAAAAAAACAUGGCCGACCUCCAUGUUUAUAUUGGUUUAGCACAAGUCUAGGCAGCUAACCGUGAUGAGUGAUGCAUAUUUUCUUCGUUAUAACAGAAAUCGUUUAUGUGCUGAUUCUUGCAUUUACGCUGUAACUCAUAUGAAGGUAAGAAGCAUUACUUUUGUUUACUGAUGAUGUUGGUUUGCCAUAACCUGCUGAACACAAGGUUGCAAAAUCUGCCCCUAGUAGAAAUGAACACAUUUUGUUGCUAUUGCUAGCUACAAUCUCUAGGAGAAGACAGUAUUGUAGCACAUUUCCAAAUAACGUCACUCUAAGAAUGAAGAUAUUAUCUACACUGAUACUGUAGUAUUUCAGAAUAAGGUUAAACCCUGUAUACUGUCACAGCCUGGCUAUCCAUUCAUUAUCUCUGAGCAAACAGCCGGCUAAGUGCUAACUACCACAUUGGGAUUACUUAAAGCAGGCCUCAGGGCCUCCCAGAUGGUCCACCUCACACACCACAGGUGAAUAGUAAUAAUGUGGACCGUCUGGCUGGCUCUGAAGACUGGUUUGAGAAGCAGAGACUUUGUGCAGAAAUCAGGCUAGGAUCUUGUUCAGGUGCUUCCUCUAGCCAGUGCCAUAAACGAGCCACGUCUGAUACGUCUGCUAGACGUAAUGCGAGCAGACAGCGAGACAGGCAGGAAACAGAUUGAUUGACUACUCCCUUCAACCGUAUGCGUGUGUGUGUGUUGUGUGUAACUGAGCGGAAAGCCCUUGAAACCCAUCCUGUUACAAAUGCAAAGAACUUUGAUGGUGGAGGGGGAAGAAUGAGCGCUGGCAGAAUUAUGGGUAAAUAGGGCAGUUCCUGUAGUGGCAACAAAAAAAAAAAAAAAAAUUUUCCCCUCAAUCAGCUUAGUCAGGGUGAGAAAUUCUAGCAAAGAAAGUAGAGCUAUAAACAUCCAUGUCAAUUAUUUACAAUGCAAAAUAUUUGAGAUUAGAGACACAAAAGAGCUUCACAUGCUUGAGAAUGCUCCUGAUUGCAUGUCUAUGCAAAUGAGAUUGUUUGUCUGAAGAGGACUAGUGUUCACUUUAGGUUUUGAAUUUUCUUACAUUUUAUGUCAAACGAUCCUGAAUGCAAUAUAAUUAAUUCAUAUAAAUAAUGUUUAGGACACUCUUAAAAAUAAAGGGGCCAAGAAGACCCAGAAAGGGUUUUUUAUUUUUUGCAGCAAUUACAGAGAAGAACCAUUUCUGGUUCUCUAUAGAACCUUUCAGUAAAUGGCUCUUACAAGAACCCCAAUUUUUUUAGGACCAUAAAGAAACCUUUUAUAGUAGAAAUAACCCUUUUUCCACUACUACAGAACAUAUUCUGUGCAAUGGAAAGGUUCUAUAGAUGUUAAAAGGUUUUUCAUAGGAUCCUGACAAAGAAGAGUCUUUAUUUUUAAGAGUGUAUUUUGCACUGAAUGGAAAUUAGAAGUUUAUUAUCUUUUAGUUAUGAAAGAAUGUUAUUUAUGAAAGAAUGAUCUGGUUCUCUGGGCUCUGUAAGUGAGGUUACAGCCAGUUAAAAUCUCUUUUUUUUUUUGUGAGUAUAUUUAUGUGGGUAUAUUUCCAUACUUCAAAUCUACCAGAAAUACAAAACCAUCAGGGAAACUUCGGGAUACUCAUUUUAACAUUUAGGACAUUCUGAACUCAGGCAGCAUCGGUGGCUUAGUGGUUAGCACUGUUGCCCCACAGCAAGAAGGUCCUGGGUUUGAAUCUUGGGUUCAAACAGGCAGGGGUGGCGUUUGCAUGUUCCCCUGUGCCUGCAUGGGUUUACUCCAGGUACUCUGGUUUCCUCCCACAGUCCAAAAACAUGAGGUUGAUCGGUAUUUCUAAAUUGCCUGUGUGUGGUUGUCUGUCUAUAGAUGGACUGUACAGGGUGUACCCCUGCCUUUUAGAAAAUGGAUGGAUGAUUCUGACCUCCUCACUAUUUAGGAUGGAUAGUAAGUGAAUUGGGACAAAGGGUUUGUCAUCCAUCACGACCCAGAUCGGGCAACGGGUAGGACAAAAAAUACAUAAAAAGAUAAAUAUACCUCUAAGCAAAUUAGGGCCUUGACAAGUUGCCAUGUGACAUGUUUACACACACUUUGAGAAGGAAGUGAAGGAGGGGGGAAAGUACAUUUCCAGUAAUUGUGGUUUCAAGCUUCAAAAUCAACUGUUAAAUCAUUUACAUACCAAGCUGUUUGGUAAAGUUGCAGCUUCUUCACCAGGUGUCAUUAGAUCACCAGAAUCACCUUUGGUAAAAACUUUUUGGGAAUCAGAACGUUUGUGACAAAAGGAAACU